AUGAAGCUGCUCGGGCUGAAAGUCAGCCGUGCAGCGGUGCAGGUGAACGGCUUGGUUGUCACUCGGAUUGGCGUCGGCCUUGUGCUCUUCGUCGGCUUCAGGGCCGGAGAUGCUGGUGACGAGCUGAAGACAUUGGCGGCGAAGGUCACGAAGAUCAAGCUUUGGCCAGAUGUUUCACCAGCAGGUGCGGAUGCCGACAGCCAUGCAGACCCAGAGCCGAAGCCGAGUAACGUCGUCGACUGCGGCUACGAGGUGCUCGUCGUCCUGCAACAGUCGCUGUGCGCGAUCUUUCCCGGGCCGCAGCCCACCCAGCGCGAGGCUAUGGAUGAAUCGGAGGCGCAGCUUCUGUUCCAGGAGCUUCUGAAGCAGCUGCGCCUUCGGUACCAGGAAGAGAUGGUGGUGGCUGCCCCCUUCGGUGAAGCCGCCCAUGUGGAGACGACAAGCGACGGCCUGGGCCUGUUCGACCUCUCGGUGUUGAAUGAGCCCCCAGGGAAAGCUGCCAAGCCAGUUGGUCCAGCCGGCGGACAGGCAAGGGGGCCCGCGCGGGUUCCAAGCGUGGAAACGGUCACCAAAGCGCUGCGCAAGCUCAGCCAUCUCCCCAGGGGCAAGCUGGAGACCGCAAGUUCUCAGAUCUACAGGGUCAUGGGCAUGAAAAAGUUUCGCGACGCCCUCUCCGAAGUCGAUCAGGCCGUCGCCGACGACUUCGCAGAAGCUCUCGAGGCAGCGGGGAAAUGCUUCCCAGAGCGCCAGCAGGAGCAGAUCACGGCCUGGACGGGUUUGGCCAUGUCGCCAGGCUCCGAGGCUGGGAUGGACGCUGAGGAUGGACCGGAAACGCAAGAGGAGGCCACCCCCGCCGAUGACCUGGACCAGCAGCUGGAAGAGUUGCGCGAGGAGGUCGCGAACCCAGAAAUGGCUGCGGCCCGGAAAGUGGCAGCUUCCAAGGCAGCGGUCAGGCCACCUGCCGGCCGCGUCAAAUCCGAGGCUUACGCGCCAGCUAUGGCUGCGGCCCGCAGCUGGGUUCGCAACCGACAGCAGCAGCAACACUGGCAGAAGACGCACAGGCCGAGGGAGCCGCCCUAUCCACCCGGAGGGAAGGGUGGAAAGGGCCAGAAGGGCAAAAAGGGCAAAGGCAAGAGCUGGGGCAGUGGCAGGCGCGCCAUCGGUGGAAUACUGUCUUUGGAUGCGUCUGCCAACUUGCAUGGCACCAGGCAGCUUCAGCACCAGGACUUCGAGUCUGGGCAGCUGAGACGCUUUGCCGAUGGCCCUGGUGGCAGGGGUCUGCUCCGACCGAAGGUCGAAAUCACGGAGGCCAAGGCAGGCUUGCCAAGGCGGCGGCCGGCUGGAUCCGACCCAGCGCCUUCUCGCAAGCUCGCGAAGGGAACACCAACUUUGGAGGUGAUGACACCACCCCCCACUGCAGAUGAUUUCAACGACAUCUGA